AUGGCUCCCCAGAUUGACGAGGUCCAAGCUGCAGUAGAUGCAGCUCUGGAAUCACUACACACAUCGCUUCGAGAGCUGAACCGGGAGAUAUGGUCGAACCCUGAACUCGCGUAUCAGGAACAUCGAGCUCACGAUACGAUCUGCGAUUUCCUGGAAAAACAAGGAUUCACAGUGACCCGACAUGCGUACGGCCUUGAUACGUCUUUUGAAGCCUUAAGCGGAGCUGGGGGGCGGUUGGUCAACUUCAACGCUGAAUAUGACGCCCUUCCAGACAUCGGGCAUGCGUGUGGCCAUAAUCUCAUCGCCACUAGCUCCAUCGCGGCUUUCCUCGCCUUGUCCUUUGCCUUGAAGAAGUAUGGCAUUUCCGGGCGAACACAACUCUUAGGGACUCCAGCUGAGGAGAACGGGGGGGUAAAGCAAAGCUUAUUGACGCGGGGGCUUACAAGGGAGUGGACAUUUCUCUCAUGGCGACAAGAGCCUUCUGAUGGCAUUGCGGGAACCCUGAUGAACGCCCGCAAGCAAGUCAACUGCGAGUUCACGGGCAAGAAUGCUCACGCCGGGGGGAAUCCCUGGGAAGGAAUUAACGCGCUGGAUGCCUUGGUCAGUUCAUACAACAACGUCGCGGUCUUGCGGCAGCAGCUCCUGCCGGAUCAACGCAUCCACUGCGCUUUCACCGACACCCCCAAAGUGGCAAACGUUAUCCCUGCAUACACCAAGGCUUACUGGCAGGUCCGAAGCCCGACCCUCAAGGGACUCAAUACCCUGAUCACAAAGGUGCGAAACUGCAUCGAGGCGGGCGCGCUAGCGACGGGAUGCAAGGUCGACAUUUCGGAGGAAGAGCUUUACACGGACGUUCGGCUGAACGACACGCUCUGCGAGCGGUAUCAGAUCCACAUGAGACGGUAUGGGCGGAAGGUGCUGAAGCGCCACGAAAAAGUCCUGACUGGAUCCUCCGACAUCGGAAAUGUCAGCUACGUGACCCCGACGCUUCACACCAUGUUCGGCAUCCCCACGCCCGAGAACACAUUCCCCCAUCAUCCCUCGUUCGCCGCCGCCGCGGGCACCGAUGAGGCGCAUGGGGAGGCAGUCCUAGUGGGCAAAUCCCUCGCCCUGAUCGGAUGGGACAUGAUCUCGGACGACGCUCUCUUCCAGGCAGCUCAGCAGCAGUGGCAGGAGGAGAUCGCGCGGGAAGAUUGA